GACGUAACAACCGGCUCAAACCUGUGACAUAAUCCAAAAUGGCAGCCACUAUUGGAAGACUGCUUGGGACUUCUGCAAGAGUUGCAGCAGCAGGUUUGAAAGUCACAGCAGCCUGUCAGCAUGGACGAGUCCUCGCUGGUCCUGCUCUUCAGAGAGCCUGUUUCUCUACCAGCACUUCCAGAUGGGCCCCCGCUGUCACUCAGCCUGCUCCGGCUUUUAAGGCCACAGCUGUCCACAAUGGGGAGUUCAAGGAUAUGAGCCUCGCUGAUUUCAAGGGCAAAUACCUAGUCCUCUUCUUCUACCCACUCGAUUUCACCUUCGUCUGUCCAACAGAGAUCAUCUCAUUCAGCGACAAGGCCAGUGAGUUCCACGACGUUAACUGUGAGGUGGUGGGAGUUUCUGUGGACUCGCACUUCACCCACCUGGCGUGGAUCAACACUCCACGCAAGACUGGAGGCUUGGGCAACAUCCACAUCCCCCUGCUGUCUGACCUCAACAAGCAGAUCUCUAGAGACUACGGGGUGCUGCUGGAGGGGCCGGGCAUUGCACUGAGGGGCCUAUUCAUCAUUGAUCCAAGCGGUGUGGUGAGGCACAUGAGUGUGAACGACCUGCCGGUGGGCCGGUGCGUAGAAGAGACCCUUCGCUUGGUGAAGGCGUUCCAGUUUGUGGAGACCCACGGUGAAGUGUGUCCAGCCAGCUGGACCCCCGAGUCCCCGACGAUCAAACCAACCCCAGAGGGAUCAAAGGAGUACUUUGAAAAAGUCAACUGAAGACAAAGUUCACAAGACAACUCUUACACCUAAAGCAGUGAAUGCUACGAUCUAAAAACCAUUUAUCACUCUUAGUAUACAGUUUAUAGGUUGUAUCUACUCAUACAUGCACCUUAAUAAAUAUAUUCUUUAUAAAUGACA